UACUGCAAGCAGUGACAAGGUUGUUUCCCUGUGCUGAGCACAGAUAUUGCCUUAGACACAUCUAUGAGAAUAUGAGGGGAACCUUUAAAGGAGAUUUGUACAAAAACAUGCUCUGGAAGUGUGCUACUGCUACUACUAUUCCUGAAUUUCAAACGGCCAUGGAUGAGUUGAAGGCCUUUAACAAGAAAGCACACUUGUGGUUGUCUAAGAUCCCACCUUUACACCGGACAAGAUCACACUUUUCUGGUAGGGCAGUGUCUGAUGUUUUGUUAAACAAUAUGUGUGAGUGUUAUAAUGGCAAGGUGAUUGAAGGCAUGGACAGGCCCAUAAUAUCUGCACUUGAGUACAUCAGGGAAUAUCUUAUGAGAAGGAUUGUGACGGUUUUGAAAGUAAUAGAAAAGUGUGAUGGAUUGCUAACACCAAGAGCCACAGAACUGUUAGAGGAGAUCAAGAAAGAUGCAAGUCACUAUCAUGUUCAGUGGAACGGAGGGGAGUAUUAUGAGGUUAGUGGGAAACCCAAUCAUGCUCGUGUGGUGAACUUGGAUACAAGAACAUGUAGUUGCAGGGGUUGGGAAAUAACAGGGUUACCUUGCAGACAUGUUGUGGCUGCACUUUGGUGUAUGGCUGAAAAUCGAGGAAGGGUUGGUGCUAUAGAGAGUUGGGCUCAUCCAGUGCACACAAUGGAAAGAUGGAGGCUGGUGUAUUCUCACAAGAUAAACCCAUUGAAUGGCAGGGCUUUGUGGACAAAAAUUGAACUUCCGACAAUUAUCACACCGCCUAAGCAUCAUAAUCAGGUGGGAAGACUGAAGAAGUUAAGGAAGAGGUCUGAGGCUGAAAUUGAAGACAUGACACAGUCUGGAAGUUUGACAAAAAAGCACACUCAAGGAGCAUGUAACAAGUGUAAGCAGAUAGGCCACAACUCCAGGACCUGCAAGGGGAAAAGUACGACAGCUGGAACAAGUGUCAAGGCUGGAAGUGGAACAAGUUCGAAGGCUGGCAAGGGUGUGAAGGCUGCAAAGGAUGGAAAGGCUUGAUAGACUAGGCUUUAUGUUUGCAAGGUUACAUGUUUUGGGUGUUUUUGAACAUGUUUGCAAGGUUACACGUUAUGUAAUUUGAACAUGUAAUGGUCGUUAUGUUUUGGUGGUAUGGUUAUGUAUGCAAACUGAUGCAGCAUUAUGUUUAG